CCUUGCUUCUGCGAGAAGGCCAGAGUCAGCCUCACCGUUCCUCCACUGGACCUUUUGUCUUCCGUUCAUCGGAGUCCUCUACCCUGCCACGAAAGGAACCUUUACCGGCCUUGCCACACGAGCUGUCACCGUUCUAGAAGCGGGAAGGAAUCAGGGCGCUUUUCGCUUCACCGACACAGCCACGAUCCAUGAGAUCUCGACCGCCUUAAACAGUCAUAGUUCUGCUCAAGUGAAUCUCAGUCACAUCAUUGACUGUUCAUCUUGAUUGAGAGGUUACCGCCACCUCCUCAACCGGCAAACUUCCAUCUUGAUCAUGCUACUAGUCGCAGGAUCUGGAUGUUGUGACCGAAGGAAAUCUUCACGAUAUGAUAAUUGAUCAACUCAUCAGAUGAUGGCCAAAUCCCAGCCUCGGUGCUCUCUGCAAGACACCAUCGAUCUUGGAAAAUUCUUUGAUCUGGAUGAAACCACAAUACUGACGCAAAUCAAAGAGGCUUUCGAACCAGAACUGGAACGCCUCAAGUCGGCAAAGGCUGUCGAAGGCACCGAUCAGCAACGUUAUGCUAAUGGAACAUUCGACAAUCCGAGCCCUUCGCAGAUACUGUACGGCACGAAUUAUGACGAGAUCAAUCGGACGUUGGUAGGCGUCCUGGCUCUCAGGUGGAUUCAUAACGAAGACUACCAACGCUUCACUCGUGGUCAAUUGCCUGAAUGUCGAUUGACCGAAGAAUCCUUCCAAUGGCUAUGCAAAUUGUUCUCAGAGGGAUUGAAAAGUGGCAAUGACUUAUUUACCUUGAUUUUGUCCAUGGUCAUUAACGAUCUUGGAAAGGAUCCGAAUCUCGAAGAGGACUUUUUCUUUCACACUCGUCAACGCUUGACCGAGCAAAACCACGAUGCUCUGCUCUUGGAGGCCGCGAAGGCGGGGAUGGUACCAUGUCUUGACUACCUCACACCUGAGAGGCGAGAAGACGUAAUGCUAGGACUGGAACUCGGGUCGGAGUUGAAUGCUGGUCAAUUGGCUCAAGCCGAAAGUGUCCCGAUCAACCUGGAGGGUCUUCUCACCAUGAAAAACCAUGAACAUGCAUUCGAGCUUAAGUUCAUGGAGCAGGUCUUGGAUGUUGCCGGUGCGGCGGGUCAUCUGGAUUCAUCAGGUGCAAAGAAUCUGAUCGAGCCCGUAUUUCAGGCAUUCAAAACAGUUCACGAAAUAUCCCUAGAGAUCAUAGCCGGUAAGGUUACUCUUCGACAAGGCUACGAUAAGAUCCUGACAAAACGUGGCAAUAUGCUCUCCUUCAAGGGUUUCCGCAGACUGAGUGUUAGCGAUCGCAAAGAUCGAGCACUCUUGCGGCUGUUGACAAUGGGCCGCACAGCCGAUAAGGACCAAGCAGAGCUCUUUUCCAAAGCAUUUGAUGCACUUGACUCAGCAAGCAAGGAAAAACUCAUCAAAGGCCUGAACAUUGAUGGGAACGUCAAUGAAACAGCAGUUUUACCAUAUUAUAUGCCUGCCAUAAUUUCUAGAACUAUGGAAAAUACCCAAGACUCGGACGAAGACGGCCAACAGAAAGCACUGACAAGCCUUAUGCGGUACCUUGCCAGAGUUCUCGAGAGUGGCAGUGUCGUUAUCGGACUCGAAGGCGAAAGAAUGACAGACGGUGAAGCACCUGGAAUUGUCAUUGAGCGAAAUAUGUCAAAAGCUCAAGAUGUUAUCAACAGCCCAGAAUUCAAAGAGAACCCAGAUAUUCUUAAUGGUCUAGCCAUACCGGAUGGGCAGGUCCUUCAACGACGGCGGACCAGCCAGUCGUGGUGAGUUGGGCACCAGAAAUCUCGCACUCUAGAAAGUCUCAAGGCUCGCCUUUGGGGCUAAGAGAUUUCGAGACGGUCCUCACGAUUCCUCGACGCGUAUUGGCGAAACCGUGGAUUUCUGAGGAGCAGAGAAAAGCUUCAAGGACCAGCUUCGUCUGAACCAGUCUCUUCGCAAGGAUGAACACAAAUACCCUGGUAAACAGGUCCUCACCCGAGACUUUUGGGCAGCAUCCGACGAAAAAGUUUCGUAAGAAACAAUACAUAUAUUCCUCCUUCGAGGUUUGCCCUCUUCUGCAUUUCCAACUCCAAAAUCCUACUGCUACCGCUUGCCGCCCGC